AUGGCCGGGGGUCCCUCCCAGCUCACCAACCCCUUGGUUAGAACAGACUAUGCACUCGCCCCAGCUUUCACAGAGGAAGGCUUCGGCUAUGCUACUGCUCAGAUUCCGGUGUGGAAUCAGAGCAAUGAAAUGCAAUACUUCACAUCUUCGGGGUUGGAACGGAAUCUGAAAUAUGCUCAUGUUCGCAAUGGCCAACCGACGCCGCCUCCGAUCGAUGAGAACAAGGUUCCUUUCUCCAGCGAUCUGUAUGCGCUCUCCAACUAUCAGUUCGACGGCAACCAGCCUGCCAACCCCACACCCCGUGGGAGUUUCAGUCAGCAGGCUGGAUCUAGCUCUGAAGACUCGCCCCCUACCAACACGAAGGCUCGCAAACCCCGUGCGUCGAGAUCGGGGAAGGGUAGGCCGAGUGCAAAUCCGACUGGAUGCCCGGAAAGAGAGAAAUUUCUGAAACGGAACCGUAUGGCAGCCACCAAAUGUCGGGCAAAGAAAAAGGAAUAUACCGAAUCCCUUACAAGAAAGCACACGGAACUCUCCGAGGAAAAUGCUUCUCUGCUGAAGAUCGAAGCCGAGUGCCGCAGAGAGAUCAUCGACCUCAAGAAUGCCUUGUUGGCGCAUUCAUCGUGCGGAGACAAGGCCAUAAAUCAGCACCUCAGCAUUAUGCUGACGGACAUCAGACACCGGGACUCUCUGACCGCUGAACAGACGACAGGCACGCCUUAUGUGGCUCGGGAAAGCUCAAUGUCGACUAUGACCAACAGCACGCAAUGCACGCAAGGGUUGUCCUUCGGCUUCGACAGUUCCUUCCCUCCAGUGACAUCUAGUCGCCCUGGAUCAGAUCAGCCUCUAACCGAGGAGGGGCCUUAUCAGUUCUCGAGCGUCCCCGACGACAACUUCGAUGAUCUGAUCAACGCCUGA